AUGUACAAAGUCUCGACCGAAGACGAGGACGCCGGCAGUGUCCUCAAGAGGAGUGUCAAUGAGAACACGAACAAGGAGUACUGGGAGGCCGCGGACGACGAUGUCUACGUCGUGAACCCUGCCACGGGUCUUCACAUUCGCGCUGCCUCCAGCAAGAAGAAGAUCAUCAUCUGCUACAAUACAUGGAAGGAAACCACCAAGAAGAAACUGCUCUGGGAGUACAUCGGCAGCAACGACGACGGAUUCCACUCCAUCCUCAAGAUCAUGAACAUCAUCAAGGAGAAUGCGAAGCUUACCCUUGAUGAGGCUAUCCGGACGGUGAAGAACGCCAUGAUGACGUACAAAUACAUGGUGAUGGAUGAUGUCAAGGACAUUCUCAAGGACCAGGCCGACCGCGUGGGUGACAGGUUGGACACUGUAGACAAGUGGUUCACCGGAAAGGGUUCCAAUCCGUGGGCUUACAGCAGUAUGAAGGCGAAGUGGACGUCUUUCAUCAAAGGCAGCACGGAAAAGGCGGUGGGCAAGAUGAAGUCCUUUGUGGUGGAUUGGACGGAGAAGAUCGAGGAAGUGUUGCCUAAGGACACGACCAACGAUGCCAACGUCCCCGGCCGUGUGGCCUUGCGAAAGAAGAUCGUUGAGCUCAGAAAGGCCGUGGAUGAUCUGCCGGCCUGGACGAGUCCGUGGUAA